GGGGCGACAUAGGUUCGGUUUACGUAACUUUAGGAGCGCGGUGUAAACAUGGCGGCGUCGUUGGUGAGGUUUGUCCGUGGAGGUCUUGGGCGAAGUUUUAAUAUUGCCCGGGCUUCGUGUCUCCUGCAGCAGCAACAGAUCAGAGCGCAGAGCUCCACCACUGAGACUCGCCCCACAGUCAGACCCAAGGAUGCUGUCACCCACAACCAGCUGGCAGCAUUUGGAGAGUAUGUGGCGGAAAUCAUGCCAAAAUACAUCCAGCAGGUGCAGGUGACAUGUUAUAAUGAGCUGGAGGUGAUGAUUCAUCCUGACGGUGUGAUCCCAGUGCUGACCUUUCUGAGAGACCACACCAACGCUCAGUUCAGGAACAUGAUCGACCUUACCGCUGUGGACAUCCCCUCACGGCAGAACCGCUUUGAGAUUGUGUACAACUUGCUGUCAUUGCGUUACAACUCCCGUAUUCGUGUCAAGACGUACACAGAUGAGUUGACGCCAGUGGACUCUGCAGUGUCCGUCCACAAGGCCGCUAACUGGUACGAGAGGGAGGUGUGGGACAUGUUUGGGGUGUUCUUUGCCAACCACCCUGACCUCAGGCGCAUCCUGACAGACUACGGCUUUGAGGGUCACCCCUUCAGAAAGGACUUCCCUCUAUCAGGAUACGUAGAGGUGCGUUAUGAUGAUGAGCUGAAGCGGGUGGUGGCUGAGCCCGUUGAGCUGGCACAGGAGUUCAGGAAGUUCGACCUGAACACACCCUGGGAGGUGUUCCCAGCGUACCGAGAUCCUAAGGAGGCUGCGCCAAAACUGGAGGCAGGAGACUCAGCCCCAGAGAAUAAGUGACGUCACUCAGUUCAAACCUAGUACACUUUCACCUACAUGUUGUUUGCGUCCUGCCAGACAGCCCAAUCUGAAAUAUUUAUGUAAAUAAAAGCUAAUAAUAAAACCAACGCUGGACCUUUCUUAUUGUGCUUUGAGUUUUUAUUUUAGAACAGCUUUCUGUUGCAACUUUACUGUUUUGUUUUGGUUAAGGAGAAAGCGGAGUAGAAAGAGCCAAAGGUUUAAUAGUGACUAAGAUGAGAGAUUCUUCUUCUUCAAAUUCAUGUACCAACCUUCUUUAAACAAAUUACGGUAACCAUGUUUUCAAUAGCUUAUUUUUUCCUGCACUGUUUGGUUUGUUUACAGUGACUGUUGGUCAGACAUGUACAUGCUUUCAUUUUGACCGUGUUCGUCCUGAUAAUUUAAGUGUUAAUGAUUUUUGAAUUUACAGUGGAUUUUUUUUCUUAUCACCAAUGUGGUAAAAAUUAUACACUCAGAUCAAAUAACUCCUAUACACACCCUCCUCAGGAGGUUUGAUAUCAACCUCAAUUUAUUUUAGCUGUGAAAAAGGUCCUAACAUGAACCUGGAGGAACAU